AUGACACAGUGGGAUGCCAUAGCCAGUGACAUACUGCGUGAGCAUGCUACCAAGGUAGCCGUCUGCUGCAUAGCACUGAGCAUGGUGUUCUGGCUUGCCUCCCAAGUCAAGAAGCAUUGUUGGGCGCGGCGGCAGGCAGUGCAGGCUGCGUGUGGCAAGGGGUCGCGCAACCGAGCCAGCAAGCACACACACUGGACUCGGAGGUUGCCGGGGAAAUAUACAUCUUUGAGCUGGGGCAUGGCAGUCACCGCAGCAUGCUUGUGUGCCAGCACAAAGCAGCUAGAUUUCCUGUUUGCAGGAAAUCUCUUCACCUGUGUCUUUGCAUGCCAAGCGCAACGUGCUCUAGCCAGUGCACGACUGCGCAGUGGGUGGGUCAGGAAAGCACGUCGGGUGGGCAACGCUCGGGUGAAAGCAAGGCGGCAACCAGGAUCGCCACGAAGUAGAAUGCAAAUGUUGAUUGCAGCCAUCUUCUUGUUAUCACCAGCCAGUUGGGUCUGUGUGGAAUGCGUUUGCCAGGGAAACAUCGCAGCAGUGCAACCAGUCAGCAACGCAUGGUCAACCUCUCGCAAACUUAGAAACCAGUUGAUGCGUGCAAUGCAUGGCAACACGAUGAAGAAAGCCAACAGACGACAAGCAGAAGAGUCCACACCCAGCCAAUGCAUAGACACGAGUGCCGGCAGCAAUCACGUAGCUAGCAAGAAAGCUAGAGUUGCAGACGUAGUGGAUGCCGCAUCCUCGCUUCGAGCACAACCUAGCAACCCGAGUGUCCAGAAAGAAGUGGAGGAGGAUGAGGACCGGAAAAUUGCCGUCCGUGUGCAGACCCGAAUAGGGUGUGAGCUAAUCAAAAUCCCUGGUGACGGUUGGUGUUUUUUCCAUGCCGUACUUCGCCAUUGUCGCGGUUGGCAGUCGUGGUCGGUAUCCGAAGCUGCAAAGUUAUACUUGCAAGCCUUAGAAUGGAUGUGUAAGCAAAAGAAUGGACCCAGAGCAGAUGAGGUUGCGAUUGCCAGUGUGCCGUUUGAUGACCGAGAAGCAGGCCUACACCUGGGGUUCCUUCAGCAAGCAGAGCAGUUGGAGGCAGCAGAAGGUUUGACAGCUGCCGAAAUCGUGCUUUGGAGUAAAGUGGUGGCGGUUUUGGAAAAGCCACGGAUGUUAGAUUCCAUUCACCAUGGGUCCGUGGUAGAAUUGUGGGCACUCACACAAGCCUUUGACUUUCACUGUCUCAUUUGGAGCCAAGAAGAGAACAAAAACAUUUGGAUCCGGGACAUGGCCUACAUCACCGAUGCAGAAACACAAGAGAAGUUGCAAGAACAUCCAAAUGUCUUAGAACUUUUCCACCGAAACACUGGCAUCACCGGGCACUAUGAUCUCGUCCAACGCGCGGCAGCAUUGCGCGAACCAUUCCCUGAAACACCAUGGUUGGAAACAUGGAGAACACAGAGUGCAGAAGCAGUGUUGUGUCUUGCUGCAGAAAGCCUCCGAAACCCAGUGGAAGUGUCACCCAUGUCGCCGCAGAGUCAGUCAGCGCACGUUGCAGAUCCGAGUGCAGUGUGCGACACCCAUGCCGCAGGGGAUGCAGAGCGGCCAACAGCAGAGGCAGCCGGGCAAUCGCAGCAGACCAGCCGCACCACUGCGACAGAAUGGGAUGCAACAACGCGGCAGCCAAAUCGGUCGCAGCAGGUGCAUGACACAACUGAAGCCGACAAAGAGGCAGCCACUGGUGUCUGGGAAGGGCAUGACGACGCAGAAGCGUCGGAGGGUGCAGCAACCGACGUGGAUUCUGAAAGCGUGCUUUCCUGGGAUUCAAACCUGUCCGAGACCACCGAUGACGCUGAAGUAGAAGUCGCCGUGGACGCGACAAAGACAUGGGUCACUGCCGAAGAUCGCGACCAAGAACGCAUUCGACGCACAGCAUUCCAACUGCGACAACAUCCUCUGCUGCCAUCUCCAGCCGCGAUGACGGAAUUCCCCACCAUGCAGCCUAAUAGUGGUCUCGUAUACCCAGCCGUGCAUUGUGCCUUUGAGGGAUGCGGGUGGGCAUCCGACACACAACCGUGCCACCCGCACUGGUCAAAGGAAAAGGUGUGGAACAUGAAAGCAACAACAUGGGCACACACUACCUUGCAGUGCUGUGGAAACGGGGAGGUGUGCUUGUGGGCACACCUCGAUGAGUGUCAUGCUGAACACUUUACGAACACACCCCGUGAACUUGUGGCUUCAACAUACACAGCUGCAGUGCUAGAAAGGGAACGUGGGCAGGUCCCACAAGUUGGCUGGAGCGUCGAUCGGCGCACACUGCGUCGAUUACAAGUGGAUUUGGACGACAACACUUGCCAAGCAUUGAUUUGCGCCUGCUGCGCCCGAGUGAGUCCAGGAGGCAUGGGAGGGGAGAUUGCCUACAUAUCCGUCAAGCAGUUAUUCAAUGCACUGACCCCAGAAGCGGUCAAAGCAAACUGGAACUUGGAAAGGUACAUGACGCAAUAUGCUACGUUGGCUGCUGUGACCAAUCGUUUCGAAGCACACGAGUGGACUCGAACACUGCCAGCAACCAUCUGCAACGGGGUGCGACUCAUAUGCUGCCCAGAAGAUGUCCGCUGCGGACUUUGCGUCGAGAAUGCGCUGCAACUGUGUGAGGCUUGUGAACUGCCGUUGUGUCGCAAUUGCCUCGAACACAUGUGUAAACAGGACGCCUGUGCAGUGCCAGAAGCCCUUGCAAACGACAAUUGGUUUGGAUACCCAACAGAGUUGUUGUACACCCACAGAGUGCGUUGGAUAGAAGCGGCAGCUGCUUCUCCGGUCUGGACUUCCGUCAUCAAUUACUACCUGGAAGCCGACCGAGGCAACUUGAUAGAAGAGCACUUGCAUCGGCCCGAACACAGAACCGCAAUCCGAGGCAAUGUGUCUUCCUUUAGCAUUCCAUGGGAAGAGGUGCUCGCUGCAUUGGCCCCCGAGACUCGGCAGAACACCUCUUGGGAAAGGUUGCCUCACCCGCCACAUGUCCUCCAAGCUAUUGUCAAAGUCAAUGUGAAGGGCAUGUUAUACAAUGAGGCAAUCGAGUGGGUAGCAGGAGCACGCAUCCGACCCUGGGUCGUCAGUGCACUCUUACAUCACCUCAUCGACAUGCAACAUCCAAUGUGUGCGUCGCACUUGUCGGCAGAGGAGGCAAAAACAGCAGUGACGCAACGUGUGACCUGGACCUAUGGGGUGGACGAAACAAGGCCGCUAGUCGACUUGAACGAAACUCCUUCACCGACUGGGACAUCAAACGGCGCGCGCCCCUGCGCGCGACGCCAGAGCAGCGCUCAGGCAGCAGCUAAUGUGAACUCAGAAGCAACCAGUGCAAAUGACGAGACCGAUGCCCCAACCAUGAGCGGCCAGAGCUCGUUUCAGCCAGCGUCUGAGGUGCAACAUUUCAAGUCUUCUCUUGUGAAAACUGCAUCCCCAAAGAUCGUUUCCCACCUGCAAUCCGAAGAAACAACCCAAGUGUACAGCAAAACGGUUCCACAGCAUACAAGCCGCAGCGAUGAGAACGCAACCUUGCACGACAUGCCAACCCAGAGCAUGUGCCAGAUGGUAGCAGAGAGAGAAGAUCAGGGCAGCCCUCCGGUGACAGCUGAAGUCAUAGCAGACUCGACCUCGUCACAGAAGCAAGAAGUUACAGUGUCAGCACUUAGCCACGGCAAGUUUCCAUUAGUGCAUGUGAAGCCUGAGCGGGAUGCCUCGCCGGGCGACGACCUAUCACCGCAGGUGACAAGCCAGAGCAGCGCUCAGGCAACCACAUCAGACAAAAGCGACGAAAAGGCCACAUCGGCUCGUCCGAGCCAUUCUCGGAUUUUUUUUUCUGCCAGUGAAGACGCAAGCCAGCCGCUGCCGCAGAAGCAUGCAACGCCCGAGUCAGUCGCAGACACAGCUUUGAAUGGCGAAUCCUUCGUAGCCAGUGUGAGACCCAACGUAUUGUCACAAGAUUACACGGGUGCAGAGUGGAAAGACCCCGACGUCGACAUGUUGUUGCAGUUAAGCAAUGCGACUGACACACUCACCAUUCGAACCGGGCACAACUUCUGGGACCAGUGGCAGAAUGACUUUCUCCCCUGGGCUUUUCCCUUCAGCCUCCCCGCACCCGUCAGUGGUCCGGACUUUCCCCACAAAGAGCGACCACGGAGGCCCGCAGAUGCGCCGCACUUGCAACCCUUGGCACACUUGAAACUCCUGGCCGGACGCAUUGAGAGUUCAAUUCGACUGACUUUCUUUGUAGCCAUUUGGGGGAAAUCUGGCUCGCUGUGGCAGAAAUGGAAGUCACAACGGCAAGCCAUUGCACCGGCACCUAUGCUCAAGUGGGUCCAAGCGGCUCGUGGCCUCUACAACAAGCUGAGAUCCGGCACAUAUACCACUGCAGGUGGGAAGCCUAAACCUAUACACUUUGACACCCGCAAACUCCCCUAUGCCCGCGGCCUCACAACCGAUGAAAAGGAAUUGCUCCAGGACGUGAAAGGCAUGCAAGGCCAUAUGCCUGGAACGAUUGAAGUACGACGUCGGAUAGGACGUUUCCUCUUCGGGGCCAGGGUUGAGAUGGGAGAACCCCUCUUCAUCACCAUAUCUCCCACAAUCCGUCAUAACACCUUGUGCAUCAAAUUCAGCCGCUAUCGCGCCGCAGAUCCGGGCGGAACCGCCGAAGGAGCGCGCGAGCACCCGAAGCUAUGGGAGACGGCAGAAGCGACCAUCAACGUGCCGCCAUACGACACUCGCAGACAGCUCACUGCGAGGGAUCCGUGGGCCGUCGUUCUCAGCUUCCAAACCGUGGUGCAGUGCAUCUUCGCCAAACUGCUCGGCAUCCGCAUGUGCUUUCGUUGCCCAGCAUGCGAUUGCCGCGAUGCACGCGGACACGGGUGUCACGUGACGGGGGGCAUCCUUGGCAUUGCCAGCGGCCUAUGCGGAGCAAUCGAAUAUCAAGCCAAUUCCACACCGCAUUUCCACUGCAACGUGUACAUCGCGUCCAUUUGGCAACAAUCUUUGAGUGAACUUGCAGCCAAACUGAAUGACAGCACCAUCACAUUCGAGGACGUGCAACAAUUCUUGACAUGGGCACACUCCGAAUCCCAUCUUGACCUAGCAAGCCAUACGCAACAGCAAGACCACCUUGAAGCAGACUGGGCCCAGAACAACUGCAAAGCAAGCCACGAUUUUUUGUGUCAGUGGCCCAAAUUCCUUGCCGAGGACAAAGCGGCCAGUCCAUGGUUGAACGCAGUGGAACCCAAGCAGGCAUUGGCCGAUGCAAGUCGUUUCAUCCACCACUACCGUCGAGCAGCACAGAGCAAGAUCAGCCAUCAGCAGCUGCACUGGCAUCCGUGGAACGUCACGCAGAAGUGUCGGUUGCCAAUCGCCGGUUGCAGAAAGAAGGGGGCGCCAAACAAGUGUAAGCACAAUUUUCCAAAAGUGCUGAACGAAAAAGUUCGAGUAAUUUGCAGAGGGAACGCACGAAAAUUUGCACAGAGCACUGCCGGGCGGCGGAAUGCAUUAGGCUGCUUGGCAAAGAACAUGCUCCCAAAACUGCAACGGGCGAUGGCGCAAGCAGCCCGCCGGUCCACCAGAUAUUUCACCGGCUAUUUGCAGAAGCCGCAGCCGCUGGGAAGAAAAGAAUUGCAACAAGCGGCCAAGCAAUUGCAUUUCCUGGAAGAAGCAGCUGCCAAAGAUGACCCUGCAGCACACUACCGCAAAGUUGUGCACAGAGUCUUCGGGGAUCUCGAAUUUCGUUGCUCAGUCCGCCCAGUCACCGAAGAAUUCAUGCUUGCGGGCUUCAGCAACAUGACCGAUCCCACCACCGCCGAGUGCAUCCGGAAGCAAGGCACCGACCGGAAACCGGUGGAUGGCUGGCAAUAUGGCCGUGAUUACAUUUGGAAACAUCCCUUGCCAAAUAGCCGAGCCGCCAACCUGGUCCGGCUACCGCAGUGCAAUGGAUGCAGUCGAGUGCAGGAAUACUAUCUGGAAAGACGGACCGAACCGCUGAUCCCAUAUCCGACGACCUGUCCGUUGCCGAAGCCCGACAUGUCCAAGGAUGCACAGGCGAGGCUCCUCAAUGUCUAUCUGAGGCCCUGGACACUUGAUCUGAAAAGUGCUACCCCGCAUGUCCCGCACAUCAGUGUGGGCUUCGAAUAUUCGAAACGGUCAGGUCCAGCGGUACGCCGCAUAGUUGAGGAAUGGGAAGCUACUCCGCAGGUUGAUGCAAUAAACUCUUGGUUUGGAAACAGUGGAAUAACUGACAUAAAGCUUGAUGAUAGUCAAAGGAAACGGCAGCAACCGACGCCGUUGCCGGAGCUCGAACCCCUGAGCUGGACCUACGGCAAGCUAACGCCGGAGUCUGCCACAGCAUGGCUGCAGCGUCUCGCAGAGCAGGGCUCGGUGGCAGUCGAUUCAGCCGCAGGCAGUGCAGAGCAGCGCUCAGCCAGUGCAGAACCGCGCGCAGCAAAUGCGGAGACGCGGUCAGCAUGUAAACCCACAGUCGAACAACUGAAAUUCCUGCGUGCUGUCGUCGACCGCUGCCUCACAGAGGCUCAAGAAGAACAGGCCGAAAGUUCCCGCAGUGAGCCUUUGCGUGCAGUGUUCCACGGGGUUCCAGGUGCAGGCAAAACCCAAACCCUCAAGUGGUUGCGUGCUUUUUUCGAAGAUUUGUGUAGGUGGCAGCAUCAACAAGAGUUUGUAUACUUGGCACCGCAGAACACCCAAGCUGCACUUAUUGCUGGCAUGACGCUACACUCGUUUGCCAAUAUCCAGGUGAAAACCAAAACGGCCCGAGCAAAAAACACCAGCACACCGGAACAGUUCGCUAAGUAUCAACGCCUACGGUGGCUGGUGGUGGAUGAAUCUUCGACUGUCGGGCUCGAAAUAUUGGCCACUCUGGAGAAACGCCUGCAGCAGUCUACCAGAGAUCGGGAUACGUGGAAACUUUGGCCAGGAGGAGAACGGAGGCCAUUCGGAGGGCGCAACCUCAUCUUGACCGGGGACUUGUGGCAGUUCCCGCCAGUCAAAGCCACAGCCAUUUACCAGAACCCUUUCCAGUCAAACACAACCUUCCAAGUCAACGCACUGCAGCAAAUCUGUUGGUCGCACACCUGGCUUGCCAUCCCGCACCUGUUUGAGCUCACCCGCGAACAGCGGUGCGAGGACGCCUGGCUCAGCCAAAUUCUUCACCAGGCGAGACAUGGAAACAUGUCGCAGGAAGUGUGGUCUUUCUUACACGGGUUUCCAACACUCCAUGCGGGCUCGUGGUCCUUUCAAAACAAUGAAGCCAGCUGCGGCCAAAAAACUUGCAACAACCUACAUCUUCAACCCACUGCCCCCAACCAGUUGGAAUGUGUAAUUUGCCACCAAGAAAGGGCACGUCGAUGCAUCGUAGGCAAAGACCCAAAAGCCGAGCACUUCCUUAACCAUCCGUUUGUGCAUGGGCUGAAUGCCGCCAAGUACAUUGCAGCCAACCUUCGUGCCAAAUGGGUCGCCAGCACUCGCAAGCACAAGUUGCUUUGGAUAAUUGCUCAAGAUACCCCGCUUUUUCAUGUGGAGGCGACGGAAUUACAAGCCCGGCGCGAAAAUUGGUUACAGCGCCAUGACCAGUCCACCGGCGGUGUCGUCGGAAUCUUGCCCCUUCUCCACAACAUGCCAAUCCGAGUCACGCAAACCCUGUCCGAUCUGAAAGCUUUCGGGCUCUUCAAAAACACCCGGGGCAUCCUUUGGAAUUGGACACUGCACGAUGUCGACAAAGACACCGUCGAAACAGCAGAAGGCCGAGACAUCGUGCUACAACGCCUUCCACUUGCAUUGUAUGUCAGAGUGGCCGGGGCAAACUGGCAACAACAUCCAGACCUGCCGGUUGGCGUCGCUCGGAUUGAACCCGUCACCCAGACGUGGACGCUGGAAACGAACGGCAAAACUACCGUCUCUCGACGUGCAUGCACCUUAGACCUUGGCACCUGGGAUGCCACGACGUCCCGCGAGGCAUUGCUUAGCGGGUACAUGUGCCUGUCCAGGGUCCGAAAAAGCGAAGAUUUGUGCAUAGUCCAACCCUUCUCCCCCAACUUGUUUAGUCACGGAGAGUUAAUUGGACCCCACACAUUCUUAGAAGUGCAUCGCGAAAAGCUGACCCUGCCAGAAGCAAAAGCUCGCUUUGAAAAAGAUAAGCCGAACAAGCAGAAGAAUCGUGACAUCCUGUUGUUUUGCCGCGGUUGCAGUCCACAACCGCAUCUACAAGAGAAACUGUUGCCACUUCGAGAAUUCGUUUCGGCCUGGGACCCAGAGGAAUGGUACCGUGUACUGUCAGACGGCAUGUGUCGCCUUUGCACCCAGUGUAAAACGAAGCAAAGCAGCCCUGCAGCCAAGGGGAAGCCCAAGGCAGUGAAUGCCUGCGCAUAUUGCCAGACCUUGCCAGCCGACCAGACCGGCUACUGUUCGAAGUGUGCCAAAAUUCGCUUGGCCUGCAGCAAGUGUGAUAUCGGGAAGAAACUCAAAACAAAAAGCCUGCUAGAUUUUAGCCCGGAAGAAAUCGCACGAAGAAAAAGAACCAAAGAACUCCGAAGAGCACGCUGCAAGAAGUGUGCUGUCGCCCCAGUGACAGCAAAGGCAAAACAGGGUUUGUGCAGCAAUUGCAACAAAGCCAUCAGUGUGUCCCACCUUGUGCACUACAGUGCAGACUCGCAAACCGGAAUUUGCCGUGCGUGCGUGGCAAAGCAAGCGCGGGCACCCAAGACCUGCGCAAAGUGUGCUCAACCCUUGCAUGCAAAUGCAACUUGA